AUGGCCAAACCCACUCCCUUCGAUGGAAACCGAAAACGAACGGAGCAGUUCCUCCACGAAAUUGACCUGAUGAUCCUCGCCAGGAAACACGACUUCCCGGACGAGUUUACAAAGAUCGCGUACGCCUUGUCCUACAUGAAAGGAGGAUCAGCAGGGAUAUGGGCGAGGAACUUCACCAAGGCCAGGAACACAAACAACGAUUGGAACCACUACACGUGGAAAUCCGCUACCGACAUGACCUCAGUCCGUCAAAAGAUUUCGACGGACUUCGAGGAAUUCGACAAGACAGCAGAUGCCAGAGACAAGCUGGCUAGGAUCAACCAAGGAAAGGAGUCCUUUAACACGUACCUCCAAUUGUUCGAGCAAAUCGCCGAACUAGCAGGAGUUGAUCUUGAGACCAAGAAGACGCACUUCCUACGGGGCCUCAAAUGGGAGUUGGCCCGAGGGAUUUAUCAAGACCCAGCAGCACAGACGACAUGGGACGAACUAGUAGCCAAGGCCAAAUGA